AUGAAAAAUCUCAGGAACGCGACCAAUAGUACUUGCCAGAAUGGAUACUCUGCGCAUUCAGAGAGCAGUUUCGUUUGUUCAUCAGAUGAUGACGCAAAGAAUACCAUAAAAGGAAAGAGCAAAUUCUUCAGUUUUACCAAAAUUUGUACCUUUUCCCUUCUCGUGUUGAUGUACCAGUGUUAUGAAAAUGGCAACUCGAACAGUUCUGUUUGCACGUUCAACGGUCUUAAGAAUGGUGCAGGUUUAAGGUCCCUCAGAAUGUUAGGAUCAGUAGAAUCGAAAGAAGACGAAUUUGAAGGUGUAACCAUAGAAAAUGAAGAUGAAGAAGGUCUUGAAGUGGAAAAAGAAACAAAAAAAUGCUCAGGAAAUAAAAAUUGUAAGGAAUUAGCAUCACCAUGCGUAUCCAGUAAUGCAGUUGACCAGGCAUGCCAAACUGACUGUGGAGCCUGUACAUGUGGUUUAAAAACUUUAGAUUUAUAUUUUGAAAAAAAAUUAUUGGAUAUUUUAGACGCGGGAAACAAGAAAGCUGGACAAAUUGCUGAUGCCAGCGCUCACGCUUUGAGUGGAUUAAAGAACUACCUUAAAUAUGUGCUUCUCUUUUCACCACUAUUACUUGAAUUCCUAGCAAGCAAACUUUUACUAUCAGGAUAUUAUAAGUCAUCUCAAUUUGUAUCUAGUGUGUGUGUUAGCUUUUACCUGUACGUGUUUUACAAAAUUGUACAGAAUUGCGCUUUGGGAAAUGAAGGUUAUAUGGCUUAUGAAAGUUGCUAUCCAUAUAAAUCUCCCUUCCGCCGGGGACGCAAUGAAAAUAACUAUGAAGACGCUUGCACUAAUGAUGUCUGCCCUCGUAGCAGCUCGAAGGAUGCUGAAACAAAAGAAAAGGUUCCUCUAGGAAAAAAGAAGAAUAAAAAUGCAUGA